GAGAAGGUAAGAGGAGGAGGAACAGAGAGAGGAGGAGGAGGGGGAGGGGAAGAGUGCAGGAGGAGGAGGAGGUGGACGGGGCACUAGGGAAAGAGGAGAGGGAAGAGGAGGAGGGAUAGGAGGUUGUAGCAGAAGGAGGAGGAGGAGGAGGAGGGGCAGACGGAGGCAUCACAAGGGAAAACGGAACCUCGCGCCUGCUCCGUGUGUCUGACGUGCGGCCCAGCUGAUGGUGACGGGAGGCGAGGAGGGCGGGCAGCAGACGACGUGAGGGGGCCCGCGAGCCGCCUGCCAGGGAACGAAACAGCUUCCCCGACCCUGCCGCGCCUCAGUCUGGUCCUAUCGCCUCCCCGGUGUUCACUCCCUCCCUCUCUCUCCCUCUCUCUCCGUCUGUCCUUCCGUCUUGGGUGUUUGUUAGCGAAGGAGUGUGUUUGUGAAGGUGAUCUUUCGAGGUAAACAGCCAUGGCCACCACCGCCGCCACCUCAGCUAUCUACAGUCAGGUCUUUAAGAAAAAGUUGGCCGACGCGCUGCGGGUGGGCACGGGCGGCGGCCUCUGCUUCUGCGGCAUUAACGUUUACUUCAAGAACGACAAAUUCUACGACGACUGGGUGAUGCCGCUCUUCGGCCGCCUCGAGCCGGAGACGGCAUACGCGGUGGCGCAGAAGGCGGCCAAGUACAACCUGGUGUCCAAGGAGAAGCUGCAGCAGUCCAGACUACUGGUGAGUACCCAGCCGCUGGCGGGCGGCGGCUUGGAUCACGAGAAGACGCCCUUGCAGGACGAAGAGUCGAGUGUGUCGUUUGAGUGCGUGGAGUUCACAAGCUCCGAGGAGGACCUGAUGGGCGCCCAAGGGGAUGCGGGGCGGCCGGGCGGCGGCGCUGUCUGCGAGGCGUCGCCUUCCAAAGCCUACGAUUCAGAGUUUGAGGUGGACGAGUCGUGCCUUGAGAUCUGCAUAGAGGACGAGGGCGGGUCGCUGCACCGCGAGGUUGGCACGUGCGAGGAGUGCCGCGCCUGCCCCCCCCACGGCACCGGAGAGCCCUGCUGCAGCAGCCACGGCGUGGGGCGCGUGCCCUCGCGGCGGUACCUGAGCGAGGCGGGUUACCCCAGCAGCGACCUGUCGUGCUGCGGGUCGCCGCGCGCUGAGAGGAACUGCGUCACGCCGGACUCGCCGUCCCUCAGCAUGCGCGUGAACAUCGCGUCGCCGCUCCGCAGCAGCAAGAUGUCCCUCGCCACCAUGAUCGACGGCACCAACCCGAACUAUGACCGCGACCACUUGGACGAGGAGGACGAGCUGCCGCUGGUGGACGAGGAGGACGCCGCCCCCGAGAACAACGUUCGCGAGGACCAGCGGCACAAACAGGCGAAGGACAAGGAUGACGAGGAUGACUAUGACGAUGACGAUGACGAGCUAAGGACACACGAGGCCCUGCUGCCCCCCGAGGACGAGGCCCCCUCUGGCUUCCGCGAGGGCGUGGUGGCAGUGGCACAUGACACCGUGCUCGUGGCCUCCAGCUAGACACACACACGUGGCGCCCCGCAACACACACACACACACACACACACACACACACACACACACACACCAAUCUCGCCACACUCGCACACACACUGAGUACUUACUAACUUUUGACUGACUUGCUGGCGUGCAUCUCGACAUAUCACACCAUCUUAUCGACUUCUUUUCCUGAUCCAUACCGGGAUUUCAUGGUUUUUCUCUUUCACGGUUUUUAUAUACGCAUUGGAAGCGCCUCGGCCAGCGUACAGGGUGCCCCGAGAAGGACAAGAGAAGAGGAGGAGGAGGCAGGAGGAGUCGGAGCCUAGGAGGAGUGUAGGAGUAGCUGUGAUGCAGUAUUAUAAUAGAAUGACCUUGUUUUGUGACGUAGACUAUCUUGUGUAUACUACUAGUCUGGCCUUAGUGGUGUGUGUGUGUGUGUGUGUGUGUGUGUGUGUGUGUGUAAAAGUGAGAGGAUUAAAUUUAUAUAAAUGUCUUAAAUCAUUCGUUGUAUCAGAAUUUUAAAAAAAGUAGUAUUAUGAUUGUUGAAGUGUGUGUGUGUGUGUGUGUGUGUGUGUGUGUGUGUGUGUGUGUGUGUGUGUGUGUGUGUGUGUGUGUGUGUGUGUGUGUGUUCUUGCCCUGAAAGAAUAGUAUUAAUAGUGACCAUGAAACCUCUACAAUGUGCAAGCAAGAGUUGGCGGAUGAAGAGAAAAAGAAAGAGGAAGAGAGAAGGAGAAGGAGGAGGAGGAGGAGGAGGAGGAGGAGGAGGAGGCAUCACAGGUGUACAGCCGUGCGUGGGCCACCCUGUUUCGCACCUGCCCGCCGCCACCCAUCUGCUGGUAACCAAGCUUUAAAAAUACAAGAAAAUAAAAUGAAAAUAAAAAAGGAAAAAAAAAAAGAAGACAACAAAUAUUAUCUGCAAGGACGUGAAUGUGACGCUUAUUUUUCUACUUUACACCGAUAUGCAAAAAAAAAAACCUUGACAUACAGAAGCAAAAAUAAGAUAAAAAAUAAAAGAAAAUACAUGCAAACAGAGAUACACAAAACAUGACAAAAAAAGAAUUAUAAAUAUCUGUACAUAAUAUUUAUAGCGAUAAGGGGAAGGAAAUAGACUGAAGGGAUUUUUUUUGUCGGUAAAGAGAAGAUUUUACAAAUAUUGAUAAUAUAUACGUAUAAAAAUGACGACGAUUAUUCCGAUAGCAAGAUAUAGCGUUUUAUUUUUUUUUUUUUCCUUAGAUUAUUAAUUUUAACAAGCUUGAUUUUUUUUUUCUUCUUGUUAUUAUUUUCCAGCAUGAGUAUUUUUCUAUCCUUGUUUCUACUGCACUCUUCAACACAUUAUCACUAUUUUUAUCAUUAUUAGGUAUUUUCAUUAUAUUUUACUAACUAGCAUUUUUUGCCGCUCCUUUUUCCUAGUUCUUUGUUUUUUAUCGCAGGAUUUUCAGAGCUCUUUUAAAUGACUUUUUUUCCUAACUACGAUUUUUUUUUCUUAUGAGUUUCCUUUUUUCCCAUUUUCUUUUGGGGUUCCAGACGCCUCCGGGAGUCAAGGCCCAGACCAGCUCCUGCCCUCUAGCGGACCUCGGCCACACCACCACCACCACCGCAGCGACCAUGCCUUAGACCACCACCACCACCAUCACAACCACAACAACAACAACAUCAAUAACAACCACUAUUAUUACUACUACUGCUACUAAUAUCUAUGUUGCUACUACUACGGCUACUACUACAAGGCAAUUAUUUCUACUACCUUCUUUCAGCUUUUUUUUCUAACUUUCUAUCUAAUAGCAUGUAAAUCAAUCUCUCUCUCUCUCUCUCUCUCUCUCUCUCUCUCUCUCUCUCUCUCUCUCUCUCUCUCUCUCUCGUGUCCAUACCUCGUUGUAGUCGUUAUAUUAAGUUACUAUCAUUAAGUGUGUUUUAUUUCAUUAUCUAAGUUUUAAUAAUAAUAAUAAUAAUAGUAUUGAGUUUGCGUUUUGUACAUGUGCUUAUUUUAGGUGGGUUUUAUUAUUGUUUCUUUGAUUUUUUCCUCCUCAUUAUUGCAUGUAUUAUAUUUUUUUAAUUUGUCAAGUGCUGUGAUUAAAUGACUUUUCUAUGUGCUUUUGGUUUUCAUUUAUUUAUUUUUUUUUUUUUAUAAAGCCUCACACACACACACACACACACACACACACACACACACACACACACACACACACACA